ACAGUGCAUUCUGGGUCCAACCCAAGAUGGCUGCGCCCUUGCAGAAGUGCUGAAGAAGUGCCUCUCCGGAGAAACUGUCGGGAUUACGUGGGAUUUCCGCGAGCACCGUCGCGCCAAAUCAGCUCCGAGGGUCGCUGGCUCGUAGAAGGAGACCGCAGGAGCCCAGUCGUCGAUAAGAACGGCCGGGGCUUCGCGUGGCUGUGGCAGACUGUCCGUGUGAAGAUGGGCCUCGUCUCCAGGUCCUUCCCAUAGCGAAGAGCCGUGGGGAGAGGAGCCGCGGAUUCCCCUGCAAACACGCACCCGUCCAGCUCGGCUUUGACGGGUUUGACAUACUGUACCGGCUGUGGACGCUGCCCUACAACUUUCUCACCAGGAUUGUUUGUGCCACAGUGUCCGUCAUCGUCCGCAGGCGCAGAGCUUCCUCAGCCCGGGUAGAUAACCCCACAUCACCGAGAGCCCUGAUGAAAAUGGACUCAGACCUGCUUCAUUCCCCAGCCGUGGGCCUCGCUGAGGAAGAGGAGGCCGACAUGAAUGACUGGAAGCUUCCCUUGGCCUUCAUGAAGAAACGCCACUCGGAGAAGAUCGAGGGCUCCAAGGCGUUAGCGCAGAGCUGGAGGAUGAAGGACAGGAUGAAGACGGUCAGUGUAGCGCUGGUGUUGUGUCUCAAUGUUGGAGUGGACCCCCCCGAUGUGGUCAAGACCUCACCCUGCGCCAGACUGGAGUGCUGGAUAGAUCCUCUGUCGAUGAGUCCACAGAAAGCUCUGGAGACCAUCGGAGCCAACCUGCAGAAGCAAUAUGAAAACUGGCAACCCAGGGCACGUUACAAACAGAGUCUGGACCCCACAGUGGAUGAGGUGAAGAAGCUUUGCACGUCACUGAGGCGUAACGCCAAGGAGGAGCGAGUCCUCUUCCACUACAACGGUCACGGGGUGCCACGACCUACAGUCAACGGGGAGAUCUGGGUCUUUAAUAAGAACUACACCCAGUACAUCCCACUGUCCAUCUACGACCUGCAGACGUGGAUGGGGAGCCCGUCCAUUUUCGUCUACGAUUGCUCCAAUGCUGGAAUCAUCGUCAAGUCGUUUAAACAGUUUGCCCUGCAGAGAGAGCAGGAACUGGAGGUGGCAGCCAUCAACCCCAGCCACCCACUCGCCCAGAUGCCGCUGCCCCCCUCUAUGAAGAACUGCAUCCAGCUGGCAGCCUGCGAGGCCAGCGAGCUGCUGCCCAUGAACCCUGACCUCCCCGCUGACCUAUUCACUUCCUGCCUCACCACGCCCAUCAAGAUUGCGCUACGAUGGUUUUGUAUGCAGAAGAGUGCCAAAUUGGUGCCAGGGGUGACGUUGGACCUCAUUGAGAAGAUCCCUGGCAGGCUCAAUGACAGACGCACUCCCCUUGGAGAGCUUAACUGGAUCUUCACAGCCAUCACCGACACAAUCGCCUGGAAUGUUCUGCCUAGAGAUUUGUUCCAGAAGUUGUUUCGUCAGGACCUGUUGGUGGCCAGCUUGUUCCGAAAUUUCCUGUUAGCAGAGAGGAUAAUGAGGUCAUACAACUGCACGCCGGUCAGCAGUCCGCGCCUGCCCCCUACAUACAUGCACGCCAUGUGGCAAGCGUGGGACCUGGCUGUGGAUAUCUGCCUCUCUCAGCUGCCCACCAUCAUCGAGGAGGGCACCGCCUUCAGACACAGUCCUUUCUUUGCGGAGCAGCUGACAGCCUUUCAGGUGUGGUUGACGAUGGGUGUCGAGAACAGAAACCCUCCUGAGCAGCUCCCAAUUGUUCUGCAGGUCCUCCUCAGUCAGGUGCAUCGGCUGCGGGCUCUGGACCUGCUAGGACGGUUUCUGGACCUGGGACCCUGGGCUGUCAGUCUGGUGCGUUCAGCUCCACAAGCAACUGAAUCUCUCUCACAUUCACUAUUUUCCAUCCACAUCCUCCUUCUCUUGCCCUCCUCUUUCCACCAGGAGGCCUGUCUGCAGGGCAAUCUGAUAGCCAACUGCCUGGAGCAGCUGUCAGACCCCCAUCCCUUGCUCCGUCAGUGGGUGGCCAUUUGUCUUGGCCGCAUCUGGCAGAACUUCGACCCGGCGCGCUGGUGUGGUGUCCGAGACAGCGCCCACGAGAAGCUCUACACCCUGUUGUCAGAUCCCAUCCCUGAGGUGAGAUGCGCAGCCGUCUUUGCUCUGGGGACGUUUGUGGGAAACUCUGCUGAGAGGACAGAUCACUCAACCACCAUUGAUCACAACGUGGCCAUGAUGCUGGCCCAACUCAUCAAUGAUGGCAGCCCUGUGGUCCGCAAGGAGCUGGUUGUAGCACUGAGUCACCUGGUUGUCCAGUAUGAAAGCAACUUCUGUACAGUCGCCCUCCAGUUUAUAGAGGAAGAGAAGAACUACACAGUGCCAUCACCAGCUAACACCGCAGAGCCUGGUAACCUGACUCCAGUGAGGGACAGCCCGGCCAUCCCACGGCUGAGAUCGGUCAACUCUUAUACCAACAUCCGAGCUGCUACCACUGCCCGCAACCUGAACAAGAGCCUGCAGAACCUCAACCUCAAUGAAGAGGGUGGACCAGCAGCUUUCUCUCCUGGUAACCUGAGCACCAGCAGCAGCGCCAGCAGCACCCUAGGGAGCCCCGACAAUGAUGAGUACAUCCUGUCCUUUGAGACCAUCGACAAAAUGCGACGGGUGUCCUCCUAUUCUUCCCUCAACUCUCUCAUAGGUGUGUCCUUCAACAGCGUUUACACUCAGAUCUGGAGAGUGCUGCUACAUCUCGCCGCAGAUCCGUUUCCUGAGGUGUCGGACCUGGCCAUGAAGGUCCUCAACAGCAUAGCAUACAAGGCGACGAUGAACGCUCGACCCCAGAGGAUCCUGGACUCUGGCUCUCUCACCCAGUCGGCUCCAGCCAGUCCUACCAGCAAGGGCACGCACAUUCAUCAAGCCAGUGGGUCUCCUCCCAUGCCCAGCACCAGCAGCUCCAGUUUGACCAACGAGGUGCCCAAACCCCCCGCAAGAGAUCAGCCAGCCACACGGCCCCCCUACACCCCGACACUGGGAGGACAAGCACCCCACUCCCACCAGUUUCCCCGCACUCGCAAGAUGUUUGACAAGGGACCAGAGCAGGCAGCUGAGGACGGUGACGAGCCGGGUGGUCACAGGAACUACAUCAGUGCUGCCCUCCAGACGGGCCUGUGUGAUUGGAGUGCAAAGUAUUUUGCUCAGCCUGUCAUGAAGAUCCCAGAGGAGCACGACCUGGAGAGCCAGGUGAGGAUGGAGCGACAGUGGAGGUUCCUGAGAAAUGCUCGUGUGAGGAAGCAGAGCCGAAUUAUCACGCAAAGAGGUGUCUCCCGUCUGGAUGAUCAAAUAUUCAUCAACCGUAACCCUGGAGUGCCGUCUGUCGUGAAGUUCCACCCCUUCAACACCUGCAUCGCUGUGGCCGACAAGGACAGCAUCUGUUUUUGGGACUGGGAGAAGGGCGAGAGGCUCGACUACUUCUACAACGGAAACCCUCGUUACACUCGCAUCACAGCCAUGGAGUACCUGAACGGACAUGACUGUUCGUUACUGCUCACUGCAACAGAUGAUGGAGCGUUACGCAUCUGGAAGAACUUUGCCGACCAGAAGAACCCAGAGAUGGUGACAGCUUGGCAGGGUCUUUCUGACAUGCUGCCCACUACCCGAGGUGCAGGUAUGGUUGUGGACUGGGAGCAGGAGACAGGCCUCCUCAUGACGUCUGGAGACGUGCGAGUCAUCAGGAUCUGGGACACCGACCGGGAGAUGAAGGUCCAGGACAUCCCAACCGGAGCAGACAGCUGUGUGACCAGCCUGUCCUGUGAUUCCAAGCGUUCACUAAUCGUUGCCGGUCUGGGUGACGGAUCUGUCCGUGUGUUCGACAGGAGGAUGGGUCCUAAUGAAUGUCGGGUGAUGACCUACAGGGAGCACGGAGCCUGGGUGGUUAAGGCUCAUAUACAGAAGGAGACAGAUGGGCAGAUUAUCAGUGUCAGUGUCAACGGAGACGUUCGAUUCUUCGAACCCCGGACACCAGACUCCAUCAACAUGCUGCAGACGGUGAAGGGGUUAACAGCUCUGGACAUCCACCCACAGGCCAACCUGUUCGCCUGUGGAUCGAUGAACCAGUUCAUCGCUGUCUACAACGCUAACGGCGACGUGAUCAGCAACAUUAAAUACUAUGACGGCUUCAUGGGACAAAGGAUCGGGGCCAUCAGCUGUUUAGCCUUCCAUCCUAACUGGCCGCACUUGGCCGUAGGCAGCAACGACUACUACAUGUCCAUCUACUCAGCAGAGAAGAGACUCAGAUAACACACCAGCAUUCAUCGCACCCCUCCCUCCCCACCAAAACCACCACAUAUGACUUCUGACCCCGAGCCUCCAGCUCUGGAUGUAAAUGACUUUUUUGUCGUUGUACAUAUGCAAUUACCACCCUGAAUGUUCUAGUGAUGGCUGCUGACAAAAACUGCUACGACUAUAUAUAUUAUUAUUAUUAUUAUCAUUGUUUAAUCACAUUCUUAUAAUUAAGCUAAUGAUUGUAGACCUGGCUGUGCAGAGGAGUGCAUAUAUUUAAAUAGCAUAUACAGAAGAAGAGAGGAUCUAUUUUAAAGAAGUGGUACCCGGCGAUCACCAGGGCUCCUCGUCGCCGCACAGCAAGCAUCAUUCCUGAACGAGCUGUGACCCCACAUCAGAUAUGGCGAGGGAGGGGUCUCCCAGAGGACGACACGGUUAAAACACAUUCACUGGUGCAGGAAACACGGACUGCGGGUCACUGCUGGACCCUGGUGUGUUUAUACAUUUAUUUUAAUGGCUGACUCUCAGCCAAACUACGCAGAGGUUUGCUGUAUUGCUGCACUGCCAGCUGGACAUUUGUAAGGACACAGAGAUGUUGGACUGCACUCAUUCUAUCCUGACACAUGGACCAGGAAGACAUGAUGAGUGUGUGUUUGUAGAUUGUGUGUGUGUGUGUGUGUGUGUGUGUGUGUGUUAAUAUGAAUUAUAGCACAGAUGUGCCCCACAGUGGGCCUUGGGCUUGAUGCCCAAACAAGACGCCUGCUCCCAUGCUCUCCCUCUCCCUCUGGCUUCCCUGACCCCAGCGUGCCAAACAUCAUAUUUUCCUUAUUAUGGCUCAGAUGGGUGUUUUUGUUGCUUUAUUUGUUUUGUUUUUUAAAUUAUCACCUUUAAUAAGGGAAAACCUUGAUUGCCUCGAGGACGAUACAUAACCUCAUGUCUAGCACAGAGAGAGGAGGUCUAGAUACAAAGCACCCAGUCAUACAGGGAGCCUGCGGUUACCUACCUGCUCUGCAAAGCAAUAAAACAUAAACCUUCCUGCGAUUUAGCCUCAAGCCAAUAGACACAUCAGCCAUUAGCCUCAGUCUGAAGGUGACAGCAGCGUAGCUUGCAACAGUCAAAACACUGACCUGCAGGGCCCCAUGGUGCCACACUACAGCAAUACAAACCUCCCAUCUCCAUUCACAAUCAUGUAAUCAUUCUGAGAUUCUUUUAUAUACUGGGGUACAUUUCACCCCAUCAACUCAACACAUCAGUUACAGCCAAAAUAUCAAUGAAAUUGAUUUUCCUGUGAUUGUCUAAAGUUUCUGCUCAUCACUACGUCCACCACCACACAAUGUGGAAUCAAACAAUAAUGAAAGAAUCUCUGCAAAAUCUCCCAGCCGACAGGCACACUGCUCCCAAAAGCUCAUUGCGUCUCUAUUCUGGCUGUUGUGUGCUGGUCGGCUGGAAACGUGGAUAGAAAUUGACCCUAGUUGCUUGUUGCUUGUCUAACCACAUGAAGGGUCGGCUUAUUACUAGUGAAGACGCAGCCCUCGAAGCAUGCAGCACUGUAGGUUUAUAGAACUUGUAGUCGCACCAAGAAUCACCUGCCGCCUCAUGGUCUGGACUGUUUUUCAAUCUUCUGUGAGACUUUUUCCAACUUUGAGUUUCUGUUUUGAUUUCAUGACCAGACUUGUUUGUUGUUGCUUUGAUUUUCCUGUUGGAGGCAUGAUAUGUGUAUGCUGUUGAAGGGGGUGGAGUCACAGCUGCCCAUCUUUCCUAAACUCUCUAUACCUGUAAAGAAUCCUUUCUCUCAUUUUUUUUUUUUAGGUUUUUUUGGGCAGUAUCUCCAUCUUCUCUUCUCUGGGCCUCAAGCUUUGCUUAUUUAGCAUUUUUUAACCCUUUUCUCUUUCCGUUUUGAAAUUGUAUGUUUUUAAUUCUGCUGGCAUUUCGUUUGUCAUGGCCUCAGUAAAGUGGCAGGAAGAAAAGAGUGGGGACAGCCUUACCCUCACGCAGACACACACACAAACGCACACACACACUAUCCUGCCAUGCACCCUUCCAUUCACAACAUGACCCCAACACUCCCCCUCUCCUCCCUUUCCUGCCACACCCACCUCUCCCACUCAGUUUCCCAUCAGACAUCCCAAGCUUAGCUUUUUCCCAACAGAAGGAGUGGACUUGUGAACUGGGAACACACAGUCUGUAACCGGUUGCAGUCGAAGUCACCACCGUCACUGAGCUUCCUUAGCCGGCCUCAGCUGCUGCACCGGCUCAGCCAACAUAGUCAAGGCCUUUGCUCAGACACACAUUCAUCUCCAAGCAUCCUGCUUUGAGUUUUAAGAUUUUAGACCUGGAGAAAAAAGAAGAGACUUUAACAAAUUAGUAAGAAAGGAACACUGAAACUUUUGACUGCUUUUCUGACUGUGGUUUAAAGGACAGGAGAUGAAAUCAGUGAAAUAAACCAAAUACAGCACCGGA